AUGGAUGUGCUUCUUGACAUCCUGGACACGUUCGUGUUCGACAGAUUAUACGCAUCAAUUUUACCAGCGACGAACCCCAUCCCGGCGCCGGCAGGCACAUACAACAAGCACAUUAACCUCUACUACCCACUGCCGCCGUCUCCGUACGCCGACAGCAGCACAUGGAGGCGAGAUGACCUCGCCCGACAGACAACGUCGCUAUUCCUCAUCGGAUGGAUCUUCGCCACGGCCUUGUACUUAAUCGGCAGCACACUCAUCUACCACACGCUCUUCGACAAGCGCGUAAUGCGCCACCCACACUUCCUGCCGAACCAGAUCCGGCAAGAGAUCCGCCAAGGCCUGUCUGCGAUCCCCGUCAUCGCCGUGCUCACGGCCCCGUUCUUCCUCGCCGAGGUGCGCGGCUGGACCAAGCUCUACGACUUCAACCACGAAGCCCCCUUCCGCGCCUACAACUGGCUGCAGUAUCCGCUGUUCGUCUGCUUCACGGACUGUGGCAUCUACUGGAUCCAUCGCGGACUGCAUUACCCGCCCGUGUACCGCUGGCUGCACAAGCCGCACCAUAAAUGGAUCAUGCCGAGUCCGUUUGCCAGCUAUGCGUUCCAUCCCGUGGAUGGCUGGUCGCAGAGCAUUCCGUACCAUGUGUAUCCGUUGCUGUUUCCGUUGCAGAAGAGCGCCUACCUGGGGCUUUUUGUGUUCGUCACUAUGUGGACGGUUUUUAUUCAUGAUGCCGAGUAUCUUUCCGAAUCUAUAGUCGUCAACGGUGCAGCGUGUCAUACCAUGCAUCAUCUGUACUUCAACUAUAACUAUGGUCAAUUCCUGACGUUCUGGGAUAGGGUCAGCGGCACAUACCGCAAGCCGAAGGAGGACGGGUUCAUCCAGAACGAGAACCGCAAGGCGCAGGCUCUCAAGAGGGAUUGA